GUAUGACAUGAAUCGACGGUAUCUCCUUCUCUCCCUCCCUCCAUUUCUUUUACCUCCAAAGGCCUCUUCUUCUGUCAUCCUUUUCUUUCUUUCUUUCCAUGGAGCUUCAUCUUUCGACCCGCUUUCUCACAUUCUCGUCCCCCACUUCAUGCGGCUCUUCUCCCAACUUCGCAUUUCUCUGCGAUUUCUCCCGCACCAGAUUCCCGCGCGGAAAAUCCCGCCGCAUCGCGACCCCUCUCCGAACCUCUUCUACGUCGAACGGCCACACUGAUCGCGAAUCUCGAUCGGCUUGCGAGGAUCUCUGGCGGGAUUCCGAUUCGGUCGAGGUGAUCGGGAUUGGCAGCAGGAAGGAUGCUGUCCUCGAUUUUUGCCUCGAAUCUUCUUUCGAGUCGACCUCCAUGAGGUUUUGGACUGUACAUAUGAGAGAUUCCCAAAAGGUGCAGUUACUGCAGAGAUCCCUUGGGAAAGACACAGUGCUAAGAAAUGUGGAAGGUCUACUAUCAGCGCAAUCCUAUCCUCGGGCUACUAUCCUUGUUUCUAGUGCAGGAUACAGCGUAGAUCAUGUAACAGCAUUAGAGCUUCUUAGUGUUGUAAAAUCAGCAGGAGGAUUGGCGAUUGCCAUUGUUCUGAAGCCUUUUAGCUUCGAGGGACAAAGGCGCCAACAUGAGGUGGAGAACUUGGUGAACAAGCUUUGGGAGGGCACAAAUUUUUGUAUUGUGGUGGACACUGAUGCUUUACUUAAGAAGGAAGUGGUAACUCUAGCUGAGGCUUCAAGAACUGCCAGUAAUGUAGUUUUGUUGGCCAUCAAUGCUAUUUCUGUUCUCAUAUCUGAUAUGCACCCAAAAUUUCUUGAUGCACCACAUGAUAAAUUUAAGGAAGUCAAACUUCCUGAAGUUUUAACACUUUUGGGAAGCUACAGAGAAGCAAAAGUUGGAUUUGGAGCUGGUUUCAACAUUAAAUCAUCAAUUGCACGAGCUGUCUUUGAUUGUCCUUUUCUAAGUGGUGGCUUGAAGGACUUAGAUGGCAUAGUUAUAUGCAAUGUCGCAAGUGGCAUUGUCAUGGACAAAAGCGAUCUACAAUCCUUCAUGCAUGCCUUCCGUCAAACAACUGAGUGCACCAAGGAUAUCAUUUUUUCUAGCAUUCAUGAACCUAAUAUCGAGCCAAAUUUAAUAGUUACAACACUUUUAGUAUUAGGCUGCAACAAGCAAAAGGUUCCUCCGAAGAAGAGUUUUUUAUCUGGUCUGGCUUCGCGUUUCCCUUUUCUUUUCUCAUUUUUGGGGAGAGACCAAGAAUCUAAAAGCAAUCUAUCAGCACAGUUGGUUGGAGAUCUAUGCCCUCAACAGGUCUUGAACUCAUCAACUGGUAGGGACAUUCUUGAUGGGUCUGAUGAAAAUCUUGAUGCAUACUCUGAAGAAUUGGAAACACUGUCCAACAACAGUUACGAUGAAAUCUAUCCUUCGAGAACGUCUGAUAGUAGAGAUAAAAGAACUGCAGUCGGAGAUUCAGUGGCCAGUCCUGAGCCUGUUUCCCCUCUUCAUCUUCCACCUAAUGAAGGAGAACAUGCUUUUCAAAGGGAGCCACUCAAUAACUGGAACAUUGGGCCAGGGUUCCGCAUUGCAGAAAAAUGGGCAAAAGAACGGGCAGCUGCAUUUGGAGCUACUGCCAACAUUGACAAAUCAAAUGUUUACACUCUUCCAGUUGGUGUGAAACCCUCUGAGCAGACCACAGAUGGUCCCCAAUCAUCAAGUCCUCAGCCUGCAGAGAUGAAGAUGCUGAAUGAUAUGGAAGGAGAACCUUUGGGCAGUCCAAAUGUGCCUCCGCAGGAUCUGUUGACUGAUAUGGGUUUUGAGACGGUAAUGGAUAUUUAUGAUGCAGCAUCCACUGUUCUAAAAGGAAAACAUGCAGAUUUGUCUAGGAAACAAGGAUUGCUUUCUGUCCGUGCAGCAUCCAUGCUGGAAGCUGAAAGAGAUCCACAGAAAAAGUGGAGUCCUAUAAUGGAAAUGCAAUAUAGGGGGGGAAUUUAUAGGGGACGUUGCCAAGGAGGUCUUCCAGAGGGAAAGGGCCGUCUAACUCUCACGGGUGGAAGCUUCUACGAUGGUAUGUGGCGGUACGGUAAGCGAUCAGGUUUAGGUACAUUCUACUACAGUAAUGGGGAUGUGUUCCAGGGAUCUUGGAGAGAUGACCUUAUGCAUGGAAAGGGUUGGCUCUAUUUUCACACUGGGGAUCGUUGGUUUGCAAACUUUUGGAAGGGAAAGGCGAAUGGUGAAGGACGAUUCUAUUCGAAGCUUGGCAAGAUCUUUUUUGGUAAUUUUCAAGAUGGAUGGCGCCAUGGCCAUAGCCUAUGUAUAGAUAUUGAUGGAACAAGGUGGGCUGAGAUCUGGGAUGAGGGUGUGCUUGUAAGCCGUAGCAAGUUGGAUGCAGAAACAGAGACCAAAUAGAACUUUGUCAAGGUAUCACAAGAAACAUCCACUUUCCAAGAAUUCAGAUAAUUUAACAAAAUUGAUGAUAUAUAUUUUUGUAUAGGUUUUCUGUAUUCUAGCCCUAUUGCUUCUUUUUUUUCUUCUUCUUUUUCUUUUUCUUUUUAGUUUCUAUUCACUCAUGUCCAAGCAUCUUCACCGCCCCGCCCUAUUCUUAUACAUGAUUUACUUGUUUAAAGUAUUUACUUGCAAUAUAUAUGCUUUUUCCUUUU